AUGGAACCUCAACUAAUUAAAAUUGAAAUUUUGGAGGAAAAAGAAUUGACUGAACAAGUUAAACAGUUUGGUACAGAACUCUGGGAAAACAUGCAACUUGAAAAACAACAACUGCACACAGAAUUAAUUAUUAAGGACGAAUCACCAGAAGAAACUAUAGCUGAAAUUCUUGAAGAUGAAGAUACAACGGAAUAUAAACGAUUUCAUGUUGAUGAGCAGUUAGGCACGGACAAAUUGGAGCGCACGAAACUUGUUAAACAUAAAAGGAUUCACACUGGAGAAAAACAAUUUUCUUGUGAUAUUUGUAAUAAAACAUUUGCUAGGAAAAGUUCUUUAAUUAACCAUAAACGAGUUCAUGGUGGAGCAAAACCAUUUUCUUGUGGUAUUUGUAAUAAAUUAUUUACUGAGAAAAGUUCUUUAGUUGUACAUAAACGAGUUCAUCGUAGAGAAAAACGAUUUUCUUGUGAUAUUUUGGGACGAAGGAAACCUUUAUCAGUUGAUUCUCCCUCUAGCUCAGAUUGA